CUCCUCACUGACCCCUAACAUCUGACCCCAACACUAACCCUGACCUCCAAGAAGAACGUACUGAAGGCUAUAGAGCAGGCUGACCUGCUGCAGGAGGUAAGACUCCUCACUGACCCCUAACAUCUGACCCCAACACUAACCCUGACCUCCAAGAAGAACGUACUGAAGGCUAUAGAGCAGGCUGACCUGCUGCAGGAGGUAAGACUCCUCACUGACCCCUAACAUCUGACCCCAACACUAACCCUGACCUCCAAGAAGAACGUACUGAAGGCUAUAGAGCAGGCUGACCUGCUGCAGGAGGUAAGACUCCUCACUGACCCCUAACAUCUGACCCCAACACUAACCCUGACCUCCAAGAAGAACGUACUGAAGGCUAUAGAGCAGGCUGACCUGCUGCAGGAGGUAAGAGUCCUCACUGACCCCUAACAUCUGACCCCAACACUAACCCUGACCUCCAAGAAGAACGUACUGAAGGCUAUAGAGCAGGCUGACCUGCUGCAGGAGGUAAGACUCCUCACUGACCCCUAACAUCUGACCCCAACACUAACCCUGACCUCCAAGAAGAACGUACUGAAGGCUAUAGAGCAGGCUGACCUGCUGCAGGAGGUAAGACUCCUCACUGACCCCUAACAUCUGACCCCAACACUAACCCUGACCUCCAAGAAGAACGUACUGAAGGCUAUAGAGCAGGCUGACCUGCUGCAGGAGGUAAGACUCCUCACUGACCCCUAACAUCUGACCCCAACACUAACCCUGACCUCCAAGAAGAACGUACUGAAGGCUAUAGAGCAGGCUGACCUGCUGCAGGAGGUAAGACUCCUCACUGACCCCUAACAUCUGACCCCAACACUAACCCUGACCUCCAAGAAGAACGUACUGAAGGCUAUAGAGCAGGCUGACCUGCUGCAGGAGGAAGCUGAAGCACCACGGAGUGUCCUGGAGGAGAUUGGCCUGACAUAAACUCCCUCCCUCCAUCACUGACCCAACUAUCUCCCUCUCUCUUUACUCUCUCUCUCUUCACGAGGGCCCAAACAUCUUGUUCUCUCUCCUUUAAUGUGAUGUAGUGUUGUCUUGUACUAAAACUCUUAUCAUGUUAAUGUUACUUGUGCCAACUGUCUGUUCCUUUUUUUUGUACCUUGUCAACACUCACCUUUUGAAACCCCUAGGGUAUAUGCAGCCAGUAGCCACAAACUACACCAAUAAUAACUGAAAUCUCACCCACCUUCCUUAAGUCAGUGUUUUGUUGUACAUGACAUGUCUGUGACGGGCAUUUUAACUUCAGUCUAGUCUCGAGAACUUAAAACAAUUCAAAGUAUAUCAUAAAGAGUAAGAAACCCCAUUUUACUUAAAUGGGAUGUUCACAAGUAAGCAAAACUAUGUCAGUAUUUAAGAAGUGUUACAGUUUAAAGUAUUCAUGUUCAUUCUUUCAUUGUUUGACCAAAGAACACUGUGUUAUAAUCAUAUCGUUUUGAAGAUAAAUGGUGUUUAGGGAAAAAUAUGUGCUCUCUCGGGGUUGGGGUCAAUUCUAUUUCAAUUCCAAUCAAUUCAGAAAGUAAACCAAUUUACAAUUUUUACUCAUUGAAAAUCAUUGAAGGAAAUGUGCAUUGGAAUAUCAGUGUAUUCCUGAAUUUAAAUGGAAUUGACCCAAGCCGUGCUCUGUAUAGCCUGAGUCCCAGAUCUUUGUACUGUCUUGCUACCUCCUAUGUCAUUCAGUUGGGAAGACAGCACAAACACACCUGGGACUCCUCCCAUUCUGCAUGCUUUAAAAGGCAAGGGAAGAGUACCACUGGGGACUCCGCCCACUCUGCAUGCUUUAAAAGGCAAGGGAAGAGUACCACUGGGGACUCCGCCCACUCUGCAUGCUUUAAAAGGCAAGGGAAGAGUAACACUGGGGACUCCGCCCACUCUGCAUGCUUUAAAAGGCAAGGGAAGAGUAACACUGGGGACUCCGCCCACUCUGCAUGCUUUAAAAGGCAAGGGAAGAGUAACACUGGGGACUCCGCCCACUCUGCAUGCUUUAAAAGGCAAGGGAAGAGUAACACUGGGGACUCCGCCCACUCUGCAUGCUUUAAAAGGCAAGGGAAGAGUAUCACUGGGGACUCCGCCCACUCUGCAUGCUUUAAAAGGCAAGGGAAGAGUACCACUGGGGACUCCGCCCACUCUGCAUGCUUUAAAAGGCAAGGGAAGAGUAACACUGGGGACUCCGCCCACUCUGCAUGCUUUAAAAGGCAAGGGAAGAGUAACACUGGGGACUCCGCCCACUCUGCAUGCUUUAAAAGGCAAGGGAAGAGUACCACUGGGGACUCCGCCCACUCUGCAUGCUUUAAAAGGCAAGGGAAGAGUAACACUGGGGACUCCGCCCACUCUGCAUGCUUUAAAAGGCAAGGGAAGAGUAACACUGGGGACUCCGCCCACUCUGCAUGCUUUAAAAGGCAAGGGAAGAGUAUCACUGGGGACUCCGCCCACUCUGCAUGCUUUAAAAGGCAAGGGAAGAGUAUCACUGGGGACUCCGCCCACUCUGCAUGCUUUAAAAGGCAAGGGAAGAGUAACACUGGGGACUCCGCCCACUCUGCAUGCUUUAAAAGGCAAGGGAAGAGUAACACUGGGGACUCCGCCCACUCUGCAUGCUUUAAAAGGCAAGGGAAGAGUAUCACUGGGGACUCCGCCCACUCUGCAUGCUUUAAAAGGCAAGGGAAGAGUAACACCAGUGAAAAUGAACAAAAAGGGAUUCUGUUACUAAUCAAACUUCUAUUCGUCACACAAUGUUUUAACUGUCAAUGAAAAUGCAUUUAGGGCUUGUUUCGUAGCCUGGUUCUGAACUGAAUUGUUCUGUUCAUGAAGCGAUCGUGAAACUGGAAUAUUCAGUUUGAAUCAUAACAGGCUACUUGUUAUGAGGAAGGUUGUGACAAUUGAAGCACAAAUCAUGAGGUACUCCCACUAUAUCACUGCCUGUGCUUAGUGCACACGGACAUGACCAGUUAUUGAAUUGUUUACAAAAACCAUGGGUUAAAGAAGCCUAAACCUGUUGCAAUUCCCUGUCUACCGUACAGACUGCUCCUCCUUUAGCAAUGACCAGAAUGGUGUCCUGUUAGGACAUUUAAUGUAAUUCCCUGUCUACCGUACAGACUGCUCCUCCUUUACCAAUGACCAGAAUGGUGUCCUGUUAGGACAUUUAAUGUUCUCUGUAUCUGUCAGCUUGUACUGUAUUUGCUCUUUAACUGUGGUGACAUCCCCAAUGGCACCCUAUUCCCUACAUAGUGCACUACUUUUGGCCAGAGCCCUAUGAAGAAGUGCACUAUAUAGGGAAUAGGGCACCAUGUCUUGCUCCUGUGUACAUUAUGAAUCAUUUCAAAGUAUUGCAUUUCUUUUACACAGACAACUGUCACUACUUCAGUUCUCUCAAAUACUGUAAAUCAUUAAAACAAAUGUCUAUGGAUUAGCAGAA